AUGACUGCAGCCUUUGCCACUCUGCCAAAUGUCCUAUUCCUCCACCUCAAGAGGUUUGCAUAUGACCACAACUUCAAUAUGCAAAAACUCAAGUAUAAGGUCAAACUGGACAAGAGGAUUGUCCUCAAAUCCAAACAGGACACAGCACAGUUCAAUCUGGUGAACGUUAUCUCGCAUUUUGGACCGUCCACUGAUUUAGACGCGAUCCCAGACUAUGUCAUCUUCUUCAACGGGGUGGACCCUGAGGGCGGGCCCCAAGAGCCAUGGUUGUCCUACGAUGAUAGGACUGUGUCCAGGACCGAUAGGAAGAUGGUGUGUGGCCUCAGGGAGAGGGAGGCCUACAUCCUCACCUACCAACGAGAGGAAAUCUGGUAA